AUGAUGAUGAUCUCCCGCCAUAGGGGGCAGACCAUAUGCAGGCAUUGGGAUUUGGAUUGGUUUGAGGCCGGCCCUUACCUACCUUCCUGUGAGGACUUGGGAAUACCUCCUGUUACAGGCCGACUAGGUUGUUCCCUAGAGGGAGCUGGCAAGAGGAGGAUAUUCGCCAUAGGGAACUAUGUGAACCAACGGUUACUCAACCCGGUUCAUGUGUGGCUGGCCUCGGUUUUGAAGUCCCUCCCAAUGGAUGGGACAUAUGACCAGACCCGUCCACUGUACCGGUUGAGGGGUGCAAAGGAUGCCUACUCAUAUGACCUGACGGCCGCCACGGGGCCGCUCGUCAUUAUGUUUGAGGUGUUCCAGUACCUAUUUGAUCGGUCCUUCUUUGCUUCCUCCAUAGUAAAUUCUUGUCUUGCCACCAUCCUUGUGCCAUUUGUUAAACGAAAAUGGUCACAGGUCUCGUUUGUGGCGGGCCAACCCUUGGGUUAUCUCUCUUCUUGGCCUUUGUUUGCCUUCUCACACCAUGGUCUGGUUGGCAGCCGAGAAGGUAUACCCCGUUCGCCUUCCGCCCUGUCAAUCGGGAGGACUCAGACUCCUACCGCGGGACGUAGCCUCACAAUAGCCGGACCGUUUGGUUUACGGCCCGCGCAGCUGGAGAGGCAGACGGAUAGGCACAAGUCUUAUCUUAUUUAUAGUUGUUAUAUCCACCACCCAGGGCAUUAUACUCUCGCAUCGAGGAAUCGUAGAGGGAAAGAUCGCUGCUUUCCAACCAAUGGGGGAUUUGAAACAUUGCCUCCCUUAGUGUCCGGCGUCUUGUCGCCUCGAGUGGAUUAUAAUCUUGCUAGUGCGCUUCGUUUUCACACCUUCCCUACCCCUUACGGCAGCUCGCGGCUUACUCACAGGGCACAUGCGGCCGGUUUUCACGGUUGCGUCAGGACUGCCAACAACGGAGCAUACGAUUAA